UUGAAACUGAUCAGCUCGUCACGUAUCACACGUAGCUGAUUGGAAACGAGGAAAUAUAAGGAAGCAACACAUCCGAUCGCCGCCCUCCACCGCUUCCUCGCAGCUUUCUUCUUCUUUUUGUAAGAGGUGACGUUUACUUUCAUCCUUAGCCUAACGACGAGUGUGGUGUCGUUUUCAGACCGAGGAUUGUAGAAGCAGAAGGAGUCGUUAUGAAGCUUGUGAUCCUCCUGCUCUUCCUCCAGUUGUUCCGAUCUGCAGACAGCAAGUGUUUCUGUCAGGUCACAGGUGACCUGGAUGAUUGCACUUGUGAUGUGGAGACCAUUGAUGGAUUUAACAAUGACCAACUCUUCCCCAAACUUCAAACUCUUCUGGAGUCUGACUAUUUCAGGUUCUACAAGGUGAACCUGAAUAAACCGUGUCCGUUUUGGACGGCCUACAGUCAGUGUGGCCUGAGGGACUGUGCUGUGAAGCCCUGCUCUCCUAACGAGGUGCCAGAAGGGAUCAGAUCAUCCUCCCACAACAAGUAUUCAGCAGAUGCAAACGCGCAGCCGGAUGAGUGUGAGAAGACAAACCUUCUUGGAGCCGUGGACGUCUCCUUAAGUGAAGAGACCAAGGAGGCUCUACUGGACUGGAACAAAUAUGAUGAUGAGGCAGAACGCUUCUGUGUGGUUGAUGGUACUGUUUACAUCCAUUAUUUGACCAAAGUAAUAAAUGAACAAGCAAACCUGUAUGUGUACAUGUUUCCAUAUAACCCUGAGCGCUUCACGGGCUACAGAGGAGCAGAGGCUUGGCAGAUCUGGAACAGCAUCUAUGAGGAGAACUGCUUCAAACCAUAUACUGUCAAGCGACCAUUACUUCCCAACACCUUCCACAGCAGCUCAGGAAGUGAAGCGAGAACUUUCUACAGCUGGCUGGAAGGUCAGUGUGUGGAGAAGAGAGCUUUCUACCGUCUCAUUUCAGGCCUCCAUGCCAGCAUCAACAUACACUUGAGUGCCAGAUACCUCCUGGAGGCGUCUCAGAUUUUGGUAUCAACUCUUGUAGCAGAUGCCAAGGAGAUCAAAGAACAACCCUUCUGCAGACGUAAAGCUAGAAUCGUGUCGGAGUUCAGACAGCGUUUCGACUCAGACCUAACGGCUGGCGAGGGGCCCAAGAGACUCCGCAACCUCUACUUCCUCUACCUGAUAGAGCUACGAGCACUGACCAAAGCCCUGCCGUUCUUCAAGCAGCCGGCCCUCCAGCUGUACACCGGCAGACCCGAGGAGGACCGGAAACACAAAGAGCUGCUGCUGGAGGUCCUGCAGCUGGCCAGGUCAUUCCCUUUGCACUUUGAUGAGACAUCUCUGUUUGCUGGGGAUGAAAAGGAGGCAGCCAAACUGAAGGAGGACAUCAGACUGGCCUUCCUCAACAUCUCCAGGAUCAUGGACUGCGUGGGCUGCUUCAAAUGCCGACUAUGGGGGAAACUGCAGACUCAGGGAUUAGGCACAGCGCUAAAGAUUUUGUUCUCAGAGCGACAGAUUGAAGCUAUACCCACGUCUAGUGACCAACGGCCCAGUUUCCAGCUCAGCCGGCAGGAGAUUGUUUCUCUCCUCAAUGCUUUUGGAAGGAUUUCCACAAGCAUCAGAGAGCUGAAGACUUUCAGAUCACUACUAGCAGAGGAGCGGUGACAACAUUGAGAGGAGUUCGGAUUUGCCUAGUGAUUCUCCUGAUAGUCUAGUUUGUUUAUCUUCAUCUCGACGGUUGUGGCCGCAAGCCAACUACCACCUCAACUA